UGAGAUUCCUAAAUUUUUUUAUUUAAAUAUUUUUCAUUUCACUUAAAUUUAUAAUGCAAUAGUAAAUUAUGUGUUUUAAUUUCAAAUAUUUCAAUGCAGUCUGUUUUAUUAGUAAUUUUAAGAAUUUCGUAAUUAUUUCAUUAUUUGAGUGGAAUGGCUCAGUAUUUUGGAGGAUUUGAGGAAGAGGAAGACGAUCCGGUUUUAUUUGAACUAGAUGUGUACUUAUCUAAUCCUACCCUUAGCGAUAUAUUAGGUUACUUUGAUAAAUUACCAGAACAUAUACCCUUUUUAAACGAGUUAUCUUCCAACCCUUUCAAUAGACUACUGCUGUUGCAAUAUCCACUGGAAACGUGUAAAUAUAUAAAUGGAGAAUCCUCGGAUGAUAUACCCAGAAACAAGAUCAAUUCAAACGCAUCGGAUAAGUUACACCUCAAGUCGGUUGAAAUCGGAGAACAAACUGAAAACAACGACUUGAGUAACAAGAAAAUAUAUUCUUCAAGGGCAAAAAAGCCUAACAGACAUUAUAACUCGCCAUUGGUGAGGCUAAACUAUGAUUUAGGCCCUAAUUACUCACUCAACGUAAAGACUUCACCCAUUAAAAAGAGCCAUAAAUCGACCUAUCUGUUUAAAGAAGAAUAUGAUCCAAUGAGCUCGCCUGAAUUUGGACCUUCGAAACCGUUCGGAGAAAGUUCAAAUGUACUAACAUUUGAGUCCUCAGUCUCAACCAGCGAGCAUGUGAUGGAUUGUUUGGGGUUACUGAAGAUCGAAAAUACCGAACAUGGAUUAAAGAGAGAAUUACAUUUGGUGCCUGUUAGAGCUAUACUACAACUUAGACCAAAACUGGAUUCAUUUAAUCAAACUUUUUUAUCCUCAGAUGAUAGUUUUCUGGGCCUUUUUUACAACAGAAACAUAACAUGGAAAAAAGUAGACAGAAUAUUCUAUCCUGAAUCUUUUGAAUCUAAAGAGUUAAUCGACCAGUUCACCAAGUACGGAAAGGAUGUGAAGGCAUAUGAUAAUCCCAAAAUAAACUUUGAUCAAGAUAGGGAGAUGUACAUAAAUUCAUUGUGUGUCCCACUUAAUGGAACGACUUCUAAAUUUCACUCUUGCUCUAAGGAUCAAGAUGGUAUUGAUAAUUCUGGUAUAACCCAUAUUUACACAAAGACUCACGACUUUUGUCCAAACUUUAGGUUCAUGAAGAGACUAACCGUGGAAAUGCAGCUGAAAUUGUUAUUAUCGCACAGAUCUAUAGACUCAUUCUACUCACUCAAGAGGGAUAUAGUCCAUAAUAAUCUUGAAGAUGAAGAUCUCAUAAGGCUACUUGGAAAGUUCUCAAAAAACAUAUCUGGUAACUGGGUGCUAUCCUCAGUUCAUGCAAUUGAAAAUUAUACAGAAGACGACGAAUGUAACCCAGAGGAGAUGGAGUACCUAGUGUCGUGCAGAGAAUUUUUACUUUGCCUACUAAACAGACAGUCCUCAGAACCGAAACUUAAAGAUAGCUCCUCAGUCUGUAAAUUGGCAACUGAAAUUUUCAGAAAUGCCACAGGAUUGCCAUUCAAACUAGCCAACGACUUAUUAUGUGGUGUGGCUAAACCACAAGGCAAAAUAUGGGUCCUAAAGCUAGAUAAAGACGAUGAGUUUUCUGAAAAACACACUCAGGUUUUCGACUUAUUCAAUCAAUACUGGAGGGAACGCCUGAAGAAGAUAGCUGAUAUCGUUAGUAGCUAUAAAAAGAGCCCUCAAAUUAACCAGAUGCUUAGAAAUAUAUUUAUAAAGGGAGAAUUGGCCUCUUUUAUUAAGAAUAAGAUAUAUGCCCACUAUAAAAUCAUUGAACACAUGGAAUCGUUAGGCUAUGGAGAUCAACAGAAAACUAUUAACGCAAUUCUCCCUCAAGUAGCUACUAGGAUCUACGGCGAGUUUUGGACGUGUAAGAAAACAAACGCAUGGCUUACUGAAUGCAAGAAUGCCAUUAUUGGGAAAGGAAACCAAACGCAAAUACCUAACUUUGUAAUCAGAGCUAUUAAAAAAUUCACAGAUUAGUCCCUCUUCAUGUGCGCCCGUAAGGCGGCGAGGGCUAAAACAACACCAACAACCACU